CGGGGCUUGCGUGCCCCAAAUUACGCUUCUCUGUUCCAUCUACCUGCGAAUCGCCCGGAGGCUUCGCCUCCUAAUCGGGGCCUCAUAAUCGGUUUUAAAUCGCUCUGCCCCUGGCCAGUGGCGCCGCAUUUUUCAGCGAACAAAAAUGGGGGCUUUUAUCGCCCGAGACGGAAAUGGUUGUGUGCCGAUGGUACCCAGCGGAGCGGAGGGGGAGCCGGGCGAUCAGUGGGAUGGUGAAACGCGCCGAACAAUGCAAAGAACUGUUUGGUUCGCUUGGGUUCCAGUGUGGAGUUGCGCGAACAGUGAACCAUCGGCCGGUACCAGAUAGGUUGAAUGCCCUUGUGCGGUGGUUCGGAAGCACCCAGCGCUGGAAUGGCCCCAACAGCCCCAACAAGUGAAUCGUAGGUCUCGCUCGGUCGAUCAGUUUUCCUGCGCGGAAAAUUGGAGGCAACCGAACAUGACAAUGAUGGGCUGCUUUUGCGCCGACCACACCACCAUCCACUGCAAGAUCGUGUUCCUCGACGAGACCGAGCUGGUGCACGAGCUGCAGCGCACGAGCGCCGGCCAGCUCCUGCUCGACACCGUCUUCAAGCACCUGAACCUGCUGGAGACCGCCUACUUCGGGCUCAGAUUCCUCGAUCAGAACGGCCAGACCCACUGGCUCGACCCCAACAAGAAGCUCAGCAGACAGCUCAGGGGCGACGAUCUCUGCACCAUGUACUUUGGCGUGAAAUUCUACGCGGCCGAUCCGUGCAAGCUGCUCGAGGAGAUCACGCGCUACCAGUUCUUCCUGCAGAUCAAGCAGGACAUCCUGCAGGGGCGGCUGCUGGUCGCCUUCGACUUGGCCGCCGAGCUCGGCGCGUUCGUGCUCCAGUCGGAGCUGGGCGACUUCGAUCCGCGCAGACACGGCUAUGGUUACGUGUCCGAGUUCCGGUUCCUGCCCAAUCAGAGCGCCGAGCUGGAGCUGCGCAUCGCCGAGCUGCACCAGACGCUCAUUGGCCAGAUGCCGUCGCAGGCCGAGCUCAGCUACCUGGACAAGGUCAAAUGGCUGGAAAUGUACGGGGUCGAUCUGCAUCCGGUGCUCGGCGAGGACCACGUGGAGUAUUUCCUCGGACUGACGCCGAGCGGCAUCAUCGUGCUGCGCAACAAGAGCACGGUGGGCAACUACUACUGGCCGCGCAUCACCAAGAUCUACUUCAAGGGGCGGUUCUUCAUGCUGCGCGUGGCCGGCAAAAGCAACGACGAGUGCACGUACGGGUUCGAGACGCCGUCGAAGUGCGCCUGCAAGCACCUGUGGAAGUGCUGCGUCGAGCAUCAUGCGUUCUUCCGGCUGGUGCAGGUCGCGCCCACCUCGCCCGAUAUCUUUGCGCUGGGAUCGCGCUUCAGAUACAGCGGCCGCACCGAGAAGCAGGCGGUGCGCGACGCGCAGCUGAAGCUGCGCCAGCCGCCCUCAUUUUCGCGCAACCCCUCCAAACGGUACCAAAGACGCCUCAACGGGGCGGAGCCCCCGCCGCCGCUGCAGCCGCCCCUCCCCCAGCCCGCCCACUUCCCCCACCAGGAGACCAAGUACAUCUCGCACCCGUUGCCGGCCGAGUCGUUCGACCACGCCCACUGCCACACCCUCAAAAGCGCGGCCAGCAGCAAGAAGGGCGACUCGCCGCGCAGCACACGCAGCGCCCCCUGGUCGCAGCCGCACUCCAAGGGCCUCUACAACAGCUCGGCGCCGCCCAGUCCGCGCUCGGUCCGUUCGGGCAGUCGCUAUCGCUCCUCCAGCCUGGACAGUCAGAGCUCGAACGACUCGCGAUUGGGCAGGAGGCGGAAGCAUCGCUCCAAAGCGUCGGACAACGAGAGCGAGCUGUCGAAGAGCUCGGGGCGAUCGCGCCGCAAGCACCGCAAGCGGCGCUCGAAGAGUCGGCGCGAUUCGGAGUCGGAGCAGGAGUCGCGCACGCGCCAGCGCAGGCGCAGCAAUUGCGCCGAACUGGUGGACUCGGGCGUGCAGUGGCAGGAGGCGCAGCUGAAGAACAGCAGCCGCGAUCGCAACUCGAACAACAUCCAGCACGCCACUGUGGUGCGGCCGGGCGGGGCGGAGUUUGUCGCGCAGGGGCGGCAAAACAAGCACCGCAAGCACCGCUCGCGAUCACGGUCGCCCGCCGAGCCGAAAUCCUGGCUGCCCGACGAGCUGAAGCAGCACCUCGAGUUCGAUCUGGUCGAAACGUCGGGCAUGAGCGAUCUGCAGCUGAAGGAGAUCCCGUACACGAUUGUGAAGACCAACUACUCGAAGCAUGUGAAGCUGAAGAAUGCGCAGCCGUUCAAGGGGGCGGCGAUGGAGGAGGCGUUGACCAAUUUCUCCUAUCCGGAGGCGGUGGAGGGGUCGCAUUAUUUCCAGGCGGGGCCCAGUGGCGCGCUGGAGGGGUUCGCGCACUUUGCGCAGCCGCAGCACGACCAUUCGGACUCCGGCCUGGGCGUGGAGCGGUGAGGCCCUGGAGGGCGGGCGCGCAAUUAGCCAAAGAGACUGUCCGUGAUGGGGCUUGUGUAGCUGAGUGUACGAUAGAAGUAAAGUUUAUGUGCAGAGUU